AUGUCGAAGCGAACGGCUGAAACUGAUAAUGGUGACACGCCCAUGAAGGGCGGCGACCGCCCCGAGCCCAUGGAUGUAGACGUCGACAAUAACAUGGGCGAGUUUGAGGAUGAAUUUGAGGAUGAGUUCGAGAGCGAAGACGAGAUCCUGGAGGCUGGCGUCGAUGGUAGACCAGAUGCAGAGCGAGAAGCCGAAGAACGCGCAGCCGGUGCAAUGGACGUGGACAACGGCACAUUUAUCGUCGGUCGAAACAAGCUAGAGGCAGGCCAGCAUCUUGCACCCGAUUCAAGUGUGUAUGAGAUGCUGCACAGCCUAAGCACGCCGUGGCCCUGUCUUUCAUUCGAUAUCCUCCGCGACGGCCUCGGUGACAAGCGCGAGAAAGUCUACCCUGCCACCAUGUACACCGUUGCUGGUACGCAAGCCGAGGCUGGCAAGGAAAAGGAGAACCAGUUGAUGGUCAUGAAGUUCAGUGGACUGAGCCGGACUCAAAAGUUCGACGACGACUCGGAUUCGGACUCGGAUGACGAUGAGGCUGAAGACGCAGACCCCAUUCUCGAGUCCAAGUCGAUACCAAUCACCUCAACGACAAACCGAAUACGUGCCCACCAAAUGCCGUCGCAGGACGGCUCCACACCCAAGACCUUCACAGCUACCAUGACCGAGUCGGCACAGGUUCUCAUCCACGACAUUACACCGCAUCUCGAGUCCUUUGACAACCCCGGCACAGUCAUCACACCACAGCAAAACAAGCCUCUUUCCACCAUCCGCGCACACAAGUCGGAAGGUUAUGCGCUUGAUUGGUCCCCUCUGGUCCCCGGUGGAAAGCUGUUGACCGGAGACAACGAUGGUCUCAUCUACGUAACUACACGCACCGACGGUGGUGGCUGGGUCACGGAUACGCGUGCAUUCCAAGGCCAUACCAGCAGUGUCGAGGAAAUCCAAUGGAGUCCCUCGGAGGCAUCCGUCUUUGCAUCGGCAUCCAGUGACGGUACUGUGAGGGUUUGGGAUGUGCGGAGCAAGAGCAGAAAGCCCGCCGUCACCGUGCCUGUGAGCAAGACCGAUGUCAAUGUCAUGUCUUGGUCCCAUCUGACCAGCCACCUUCUGGCAACUGGAGAUGAUAACGGUGUGUGGGGCGUAUGGGAUCUGCGGCAAUGGAAGGGUGGUGAUAGCAAGCCAUCGCCAAUUGCAAGCUUCGGCUACCACAAGGAGCAGAUCACGAGCAUUGAAUGGCAUCCGACCGAUGACAGUAUGGUUGCAGUGGCAUCAGGCGACAACAAGGUCACCCUGUGGGAUCUGUCAGUCGAGUUAGACGAUGAGGAAAGCAAGGAUACCGCAGGCGUACAGGACAUGCCGCCUCAAUUACUGUUCGAGCACAUUGUAGAGCAUGCCAAGGAAGUGCACUGGCACCCUCAGAUUCCGGGUACCUUGGUUACCACCGGAACUGAGUUCAGUGUUUUCAGGCCAAUCCCUGUGGUGUAUGGCGUAGCUACAAAAUAA